AUGGCUCCGGAACGGCCCCAGCCCAAGUCAAAGCUACAGGAGUUCUUCCCGAACACCAAGCUCCCCGUGAUCAUCUCAGCCCCUAUGCUCGGGAUCUCAAAUGGCACCCUGGCCGCACGUGUGUCCACGGCCGGCGGCUUCGGCAUGGUGCCCGGCGGGCUGGACUUCAAGCCUGGCAGCAAGCAGCUCGAGGCCCUCGAGAACGAGCUCAAGGCGGCCCGCUCGGUGCUGGGACUGACGGAGAUGACCCUCACGCCGGCGCCCCUCGGCGUGGGCUUCUUGACCCUUGACCCGUCCGCCACCCGCUUCCGCGAGACUGUGAUCCCGAUUCUGGAGAAAUACCUCCCCCAGGCUGUCUGGCUAUUCGCACCCGACCCGGAGACCGCCGAGAGGGCACACCCCAGCAUCAUCGAGGCCUGCCAUGACCACGGGAUCAAGGUCUUUGUACAGGUCGGCACGGUCGCUGCCGCGAGGGAGGCGGCGCGGGACGGGGCGGAUGUGAUAGUGGCUCAGGGGGUCGAUGCUGGUGGGCAUCAGUUCGCUGCGGGUGCCGGAAUUAUCAGUCUUGUGCCCGAGAUAAGGGUGAUGCUCGAGGACGAAUUUAGGGGCAAGGACAUUGCGUUGGUGGCAGCGGGAGGAAUCGCCGAUCCGAGUGCCGUGGUGGCUGCCAUUGCUUUGGGAGCAGACGGUGUUGUCAUGGGCACGAAGUUUAUCCCCGCCAAAGAGGCGAACACAUCUGAGAAUGCUAGGAGGGCAGUUCUUGAGACUCGAGACGGAGGAGGUUCAACCGUGAAGUCCACAUUCCAUGACGACCUCAGAGGCACAACGUUCUGGCCGAAGCUCUAUGAUGGCAGGGCUAUCAUUUCACAGUCCUACAAGGACCAUCUCUCUGGCAUGUCUCUUGAUGAGAACAAGACAAAGUUGGGCGAGGCCGAGCGCGACGGGGACGCCUCCAGGCAGGUUACGUGGGCUGGUACUGGCGUUGGUUUGGUCAAUGAUGCAAUCCCGGCAGCCGAUAUAGUCAGAAACACUAGGGAGGCGGCGAAACAACGGCUCCAGGCUAUCAAGUUUUCUUUUGAAGACGAAGGCAAGAAUUCGAGGGACAGUUCGUGGGUCAAGGAGUUGGGUCACACUCUCUACAAACACAAGUGA